AUGCCUGGCGUCGUCAAUAUGGAGAAUGGAGGUCAGAAUGGCACACAUUCGAAUCAUGAGAGGAACCUGAAAGCCAACGGUGUCAAUGGUAUGACGAUGGAGGGUGAAGUAUCGCCGAACAAAGGCAAGGCACCCGCCGACGCCCCUGGGUCUGGCAACCUGCCAAACGGCGCUGCCGCUGGGAAUGUUCAACCGGCAGACUCCCAAGGAAAACAGCAAUCACAGAUGAAUACUGGUCUUACCUUACAACCAAAAUCGAGGAUGAACAACUUGCCCGACGAAAUUGUCCAUAUCACCCAGGGGUAUAUCCCCCUAUCGACGAUCGUCGCACGACUUGCGCAACGGACCCAUGAGGAUUUGCAGAAGACGAUUAUGGACAUGGCGGCCGUGAAGUGGGCGGCACCUGCAGUCAACGGCAAUACUCCGCAUGGCAACGAUGCACCGGAUGAUAUGUCGGAGGGUAACAAGAGGAAGAAAAUGCUGAUGCUCAAGUUUGCGCAAGAUGCGCAUGCCAAAUGGGUCAAGGCUUUGGUGAUAACAGACUGGAGUAGGAAUGCAGAGGCUGUCAGCAAGCUCAUCGACAUCAAGGCGCAUAUCGACUCUAAGCGGGUGCUUUACGAUUAUGCUCAAGGAAUGUUGAUCGACCUAAAGCGAGGUCUCAUGUCUGCGAGACUGCCCAAUCCUGACUUGAAGACCGCUUUGCAGGUUCUCACAACUGGUGAAGCAACAUGGGUCCCCGAGCCUGGCUACAUACCACCACCGCCACUAACACCUGAGGAGCAGUUGAAAUGGAUUGACGAUCUCAACACUAUGCUUUCUCUGCGCCUCAACCUGGACGAUUAUGACAAGAUACCACAUCAGUUCAAAACUUACAGCAUACACUCUGGCAGAGUCACCUUCCAAGUGAAGGGAGAGUUUGAAGUAGAUCUGACCAUUGCCGACGAGGACUUUUCGAAACAAUUCUGGUUCAUCGAUUUCCGGUUCGACUUCUCCCCCUCGUCCAGUAAGCUUUCGAACGGAUUGGUGUCUUUCUUGGAAGGACAAGUCAAUGAAAUACUGGGCAAAGAUGGUUUGGAAGGGUGCUACCGAUUUCUCCAUGAGUUCGUUCUCACGCAUAAGAUCAAUGAACUCAAGCGGCAAGCCCUCGAAUUGAGCCGAAGCACUUGGACCGGAACGUUGAUGGUGGAGCCCUUGAACCGCGCUCUGGCACUUCAGUACUGGACAACAAGAUAUGGACCUAACGGACCCAAGAGCUGGGUUAUGGUUGCCGUCAACAGUGCUAAGAAGACCAAUGGUCAGGCAGAUCCGAAACAUUCCAGCCGGCUGGUUGCCCGCUGGUACAGAGACAACAAGGAAGUUAAGGACGUUUUGUUACCUUUCGAUGUGCACAAUCUCUGCGCCGAGGAUCUGUUGAAGACAGCGGUUGCCAGACAUGUUGAGCACAUCCUCUCAUCCAUCCACAGCAAGCUGCUCUCGUACCCUCGAUUCGCGAAUAGAGAAUCAUCUAUGACUUUGAAGAUCUCCCGAACGGAACCGGUGGAGUCAUCCUUGAGCAUGCAGCUUGGCUCGCGCGAAAAUGUCAUCCUGGCAAUCGAGCCAGUGACAGGAUUUUCGGCAAUCAAACCCCACACCAAAUACACGUUGUCCGGCGAGAACCGGCUCAAUUAUGGCGGAAAAGAUCCAGCGGAGGAUGGAGUAAUCUGCCUGGAGAACAUUAGGUGGGGAUACGUGAUAGAAGAACUAAACCGCCGGGGACGAAGUGUAGGUUGGAAGACGUGCAAAAGCCCACUGGGAGGCGAGGAUAUUAAACAGCUUAUCCGCACACGCGAGGCUUUCCAAACGGUCUUUCUACAGCGUCAAAGUUUGGACCAGGAUUGGCAUGUCAUGGUGUCCUUGAGCCUUGGUGGCGAUGAGUGGUGGUUGAUUCAAAUCGACCGUAAUAUGCCGACACGUCCGAUCAAAUUCUAUACUCGACUACCACUGACUCGAGGGCAACCUGAUCUGGACGACUCGUUCUGGAGUAAUCUGACUCUGUUCAUUACCGGCAUCAUCAGCCAUGUUACUGAUUUGCAGAACCUGCAUCAGAAGGAGGUUCAGCACAUAACAAAGGAGUCGACUAACUAUUCACUACCUCAGCAAGUCCGAAUACCUUCUCUUGUUCUUAAACUAUCACAAAUACUGCGCCCCUCAGCGCCUGCUGCACAAGCCGUCUCCAGAGAUGCCACCCAGUCAGGCGAUCGAAGCUCGUCGUGGGCCCAGGACCAUAUUGAGAUCAAGUUUAAGGGACUUCAACCUCAGCCUCAAACGACCCAAACCCAGGACGCCAAUAGUGUCUCACACGCUGAUGUGUUGGAAGACUUCCAACUCAACACUGUAGUGGACGCCAUUAUUAGGGUGAAAGACAAGUCCAAGUUUUCGCUGCUUAAGGGCCGCAUCGACCGCGAUGUAUCAUUCAGCCCGAAGAAGGGCGAGUUUAUAUUCCGAAUUCGACAACUGGUCGGCCAUCCCAUUCUCGACACUCUGACGAACCACGUCAAAUCCAUUGACCGACUUGUUGGCUUCCUCGAAGCUAUGAGCAAGGCUAGAGGUUCCAUUAAGUGCGAGAAAAUGAGCCUUCGCCAGGUAGUGUUCACCUACAGCGACAUCACAAUGCCAGCAGAGGGCGAUGUUGCACAUAAGCCUAGGCGCUGGCGGGCAACACUCGACCUGGCCAGAAGCGACAUUAGAAUGUCGUUGGAAAGAGGAAACCCCCACGCAAGAAUGCUGGACCUGCUUAUGAGAUUGGUCAACACCCAGGACGGCCUCAAAGCAUUAAUUGUCUAUAUGCCGUUAUUGCUGCCUAUUCUAAGAACUAUCGAAAGCAUUGAAUCCAAGUGGGAGGCCUUAGAGUCCAUAAAUCAAGGCCGCGUCGAGGUGUUCACGAGAUCCAUUGACUGGAUCUCUAUCAGAUACACACUCAACAGCCCGUCCGGGCAACCGCGAAUCCUUGCUUUGGACAUUAAGACUAAGAUGAGACGCAAUGAAGUGUGGUGGAACGUCUCACGCGCAAUAGGAGACAGGCCCGUUGGCCCUGACGAAGAAUUCAACAAGAUUCUUAAGGGCAUCUGGGAGUCUCACGGCGACGGGUGGAGAGGUCUGAUGACCGGUGCAGCCGCCAGACCCGGGCCGAGUACCAUGGACCUGCUGACGAAGCUGGACGAUGCGGUUCGAACACACGCAGCCUCUGAUAGUGAGGGAGCGCCGUCAACAGAUGGAGCGCCGACACAACUAAGCCAGACUUUCUCAGCAAAUCAAUCCUUUGGUACGCAGCCGACAAACAUUAGCCAAGGUAGCAACAGAACCUCAGGAAGCAAACAGGCCCCCUUGGUACUCGACUAG